CACGCGACUCUUUUCACCAGGUUGACAUUACACAAGCCGCUUGUCCCUCAGCCUCUUUUACCAUGUGGGCAUCACCUUUCUAGUCCGGGCCGUGAGCCACCUCACAUUUCAUGUGCCCCUCUUCCCACUUCGCUUCACUUUUCCUAAAGCAUCUCGAGAAGUCGUCCGGGAGGUCAUCAUGUAUUCCAUCCAGGAGUGGCUCUCAGCAGUUGCCGCGGGUCUUUUUGCCCUGCAUGUGCUGCAGAAACUGUUUUUUCCCUACUUCUGGAAGGAUGUUACCUUUUUGUGGAAGAUCAUCACGUACGGCAUAAAACUGGAGCUCUGCAAACUGACCUCCAAGGUGGUGACUGUGGUGGACACGUUCGUGGAACAGGCACAGCGUAUCCCGGACAAAGCUUUCCUUAUUUACGAGGGAGUGGUACACACGUACCGAGACAUUGAUGAGCGCAGUAACAGAGUGGCCAACGUGUUCCUGAAGCAGGGAACCUUGAAGAAGGGGGACUGCGUGGUGCUCCUCAUGAACAACGAGCCCGACUUUGUCUCGGUGUGGUUCGGCCUGACCAAGGUGGGAUGCACCGUCGCCUUUCUGAACACAAACAUCAAGUCAAAGUCGUUGCUGCAUUGUUUCAACUGCUGUGGGGCCAAGACCCUUGUUGUUGGCGCAGACCUGAUAGAAUGCCUGGAGGACAUUCUACCCAGCCUGCGUGAGGAUAACAUUGAUGUGUGGGUGAUGAAGAGGGAGAAUGGAGGCUGCACCCAAGUCCAAACCCUGCUAGACCAGAUAGAUUUUGCCUCGGACCGGCCCGUUCCAGCCAGCCUGCGUGCCGCCACCUCCCUCAAGACCCCCAUCCUGUACAUCUUCACCUCCGGGACCACCGGGCUUCCCAAGGCUGCGGUGAUCACCCACUUGCAGACGUUGAAGGCUGCUGCAGGCUUCUGGGCGUUUGGUGGAAGGGAAGAUGACGUGGUGUACGUACCUCUCCCUCUGUACCACAGCGCCGCCUCCAUGAUCGGGAUAGGAGGAACCCUGCAGCUGGGUGCCACAUGCAUCUUGAAGAAGAAGUUCUCAGCCAGCAAAUUCUGGAGUGACUGUAGGAAAUAUGACGUGACCAUCUUCCAGUAUAUUGGCGAGCUCUGCCGGUACCUCUGCAACCAGCCUAAGGCCGAGGGCGAGAGGGCCCACAAGGUGCGGAUGGGCGUGGGGAACGGGCUGCGGCCCGACGUGUGGCGGGACUUCCACGCCCGCUUCGGGGAGGUUCGCAUGUGCGAGCUGUACGGCUCCACCGAGGGGAACCUCUGCUUCAUGAACCACAUCGGCAAGCUCGGAGUCGUGGGCCGCUCCAACUUCUUCUACAAGCUCCUUUUCAAGUACGAUCUGGUGAAGUACGACAUGGUGAGAGAGGAGCCUGUGAAGGAUGCCCGCGGCUUUUGUCAGCGAGUAAAAAAGGGCGAGACGGGGCUCUUGCUAUCCAAGGUGAGCGCCACCAGCCCCUUCUUCGGCUACGCCGGCAGCAAACAGCUGACUGAGAGACGGCUGCUGAGGAACGUGUUCUCCUCCGGGGACGCCUACUUCAACACCGGGGACCUGAUGGCCGAGGACAAGGAGGACUUCAUCUGCUUCAAAGACAGGGUCGGGGACACCUUUAGGUGGAAGGGAGAGAAUGUGGCCACGACCGAGGUGACGGAGACCCUGGGGCUGGUGGGGUUCAUUCAGGAAGCCAACGUGUACGGGGUGGAGGUCCCAGGCCACGAGGGAAGAGCCGGGAUGGCUGCUGUCAUUGUGAGGCUGGGCCACGAGUUUGACGGGAAGGCCUUAUUCGAGCACGUUGUAACGGAUCUGCCAGCUUACGCUCGACCUGUCUUCAUAAGGAUUCAGGAAUUCAUUGAAAUCACCGGAACGUUUAAGCAGCAAAAGUUCCAACUGGUACAGAGUGGCUUCGACCCGUCCACUAUCUCGGAGCCCCUCUAUGUCUUGGACUAUGUACAGAAGAGCUACGUCCCGCUCACAGACAAUGUCUACCAGAGCAUCUUGGCAGGGGAACAGAAGCUCUAGAGCCCUUGCUUUGGCUCAACUGUCUCCGUCGCCAUGGGUUCCACAGAAGUAAUGGAAACAAAUUGUAAAUUCUUCACGACAAAUGGCCAUUGUGUUCUCCGCGGUACAAGCAACCUGACAAUCACACUGACGUUAAGCGCAUUGUUGUUUAACAUCAUGGACACCUCCGUUCUGCACUUAAGAAUUAUAACGCAGCUAUUUAUACUGGUCCCAUCCUUAUUUUUUCGGAGGAAACCUGAAUACUAUAUUUACCUGAAUCCUAGUUGGAACCAUGGAGAUGAUAGUCACAACAAUAUUCCUCUCUGUGACCAUCAAGAAUAUCACAUUUCUUAUGGUCAGACAGGAGGUUGAGGCAUACAUGCUAAAAUGAUAUCAAUAAAAAAUGAUAAAGUGAUUAAACAUUAAACCUGGGAUGCAACCCAACAUUUUGCAGUUUUUUGCUCUAUGUUGUGAAAACACUACUAAGAUUGAAUGUGAUUCAUUAAUAGCACGAUAUUAAAUAAGUAAAGCUGUUGUUUCAGCCUUACAUGGCAGACUUCAGUUAACUUGACAAUGACGAUGGAACAAAAUAAGGAUGAAGGAGGACAUUAACUGUGUCUUAACUAUUGUUGUUUGUUUGAACGAUAGAAUGAUGGACAGAAAGCUCUGUCUUGUCUGUCGACCACCAUGCCUAACCCCUCCACAAAGUGCAAGAUAUGUUACUUUGCACCUGAAUGUUUGUCCAAGGUUGGUAGGCUCAACCGCAUUGUAGCUAUGCUGUCUAUAGUCUGUGAUACAAGAGCUGUAGUAAACCCGAGAGGACUAGGACUUUCAUUGGUCAAGCAGAGGUGAAGUUGAGCUAUUUUUCGCUCAACACGAA